AGUAGCUUGUCUUCGCUUAUAGGAUCAGUUUUUUACAAGUCUACACAAUUUUCUUUUCAAAGGAAAAGUUCUGAAACUUUUGUUUCAGAAAUCUGUUGCAAAAUGGCUCCAGGAUACUCAGCCCUAGUUACUUAAGUGCUCAGUCAAAAAUAUUAGUUGACUUACUCUGUUUAGUGCAAGGCACUGGGCCAAGGAGUAUAACAGUGAGAAGAACAGCCAAUCAGGAUCUUGGGUUCUUUAAGUCCUCUCCACGACCAUAUGAUCAGGGCAUUUUGCUUUAAUCCUCACAACUCUAUGAGUAAUUCACCUUCAAGGAAUCAGGGGCUGGGAAAGCUGGGAGCACAAAGCAGCAUGGCACACCUGCUGAAAACGGCAGUGACUGGCGCCUCAUGUCCCUUCCUUAGCAACUUGGGGCCCCGAAAGGGUCUACCUGGGAAGAAAGACCUUUUGCGAGCACUUCAUACUCAUCGGGCACUGUGGUGUCAGUCACACGGAAAGCCAGGAAUUCCAUAUAAGCAGCUGACAGUUGGGGUCCCCAAGGAGAUUUUCCAGAAUGAGAAGCGAGUAGCCUUGUCUCCUGCCGGUGUUCAGGCCUUGGUCAAGCAGGGCUUUAACGUCGUGGUGGAGUCAGGAGCAGGCGAAGCUUCCAGGUUCCCAGACGAUCUCUACAGAGCAGCGGGGGCCCAAAUCCAAGGGACGAAGGAAGUUCUGGCUUCUGAUCUGGUGGUCAAAGUCAGAGCACCCAUGGUUAAUCCAGCGUUAGGCGCUCAUGAAGCUGACUUCUUGAAGCCAUCAGGAACUCUCAUUAGCUUCAUUUACCCUGCCCAGAAUCCAGACUUGCUAAAUAAACUUUCCGAAAGAAAGACCACAGUUCUGGCAAUGGACCAGGUUCCAAGAGUCACAAUUGCUCAGGGGUAUGACGCUCUCAGCUCCAUGGCCAACAUUUCUGGCUAUAAGGCUGUUGUUUUAGCAGCUAAUCAUUUUGGAAGGUUUUUCACCGGUCAGAUCACAGCUGCUGGAAAAGUCCCCCCAGCUAAGAUCCUGAUAGUUGGCGGUGGCGUUGCUGGGCUCGCUUCUGCAGGUGCAGCAAAGGCAAUGGGCGCAGUUGUCCGAGGAUUCGAUACAAGAGCUGCAGCUCUGGAACAGUUCAAGUCUCUUGGUGCUGAACCCUUGGAGGUGGACUUGAAGGAAUCUGGUGAGGGCCAAGGAGGCUACGCGAAAGAGAUGUCCAAAGAGUUCAUUGAAGCCGAAAUGAAGCUCUUUGCUCAGCAGUGCAAGGAAGUGGACAUCCUUAUCAGCACAGCGCUGAUCCCAGGUAAAAAAGCUCCCGUUUUAUUUAGUAAGGAAAUGAUUGAAUCAAUGAAGGAAGGUUCGGUUGUUGUGGAUUUGGCUGCUGAGGCUGGCGGAAACUUUGAAACCACUAAGCCGGGAGAACUUUACGUUCAUAAGGGAAUUACUCAUAUUGGCUACACGGACCUCCCCAGCCGCAUGGCCACUCAGGCCAGUACGCUGUACUCCAACAACAUCACCAAACUCCUGAAGGCCAUCAGCCCUGACAAGGAUAACUUUCAUUUUGAAGUGAAGGAUGAUUUUGACUUUGGUACCAUGAGUCACGUCAUCCGGGGAACUGUGGUGAUGAAGGAUGGCAAUGUGAUUUUUCCAGCCCCCACACCAAAAAAUAUCCCCCAAGAAGCCCCAGUAAAACCGAAGACGGUGGCUGAACUGGAAGCAGAGAAAGCAGGCACCGUUUCAAUGUACACGAAGACACUAACCACAGCCUCCGUGUAUGCAGCUGGUCUCACUGGGAUGCUGGGUUUGGGCAUGGUGGCCCCCAACCUCGCCUUCUCUCAGAUGGUGACCACUUUUGGCCUGGCUGGCAUUAUUGGUUACCACACUGUCUGGGGAGUAACCCCUGCUCUCCACUCACCACUGAUGUCUGUUACUAAUGCCAUCUCAGGUUUGACUGCGGUCGGUGGUUUGGCAUUGAUGGGAGGACAUUUUUAUCCUUCCACGACUUCCCAGGGUCUUGCUGCUCUUGCUACAUUCAUAUCGUCAGUCAACAUUGCAGGUGGCUUUCUGGUGACGCAGAGAAUGCUGGACAUGUUCAAGCGACCCACGGACCCUCCAGAAUACAAUUACCUGUAUCUCCUCCCUGGUGGCACUUUCGUGGGUGGAUAUUUAGCUGCCCUCUACGGUGGUUAUAACAUUGAAGAGAUCAUGUACCUGGGCUCAGGCCUGUGCUGUGUUGGCGCCCUGGGCGGCCUCUCCACUCAGGGGACAGCUCGACUUGGCAAUGCUUUGGGCAUGAUUGGGGUUGCAGGAGGCCUGGCAGCCACACUUGGAGGUCUGAAGCCAGAUCUACAACUGUUAGCUCAGAUGUCUGGCGCGAUGGCCAUGGGUGGUACCAUAGGCUUGGCGAUUGCGAAGCGCAUCCAGAUUUCUGACUUGCCUCAGCUGGUCGCUGCUUUCCACAGUUUAGUGGGCUUGGCGGCAGUGCUUACUUGCAUGGCUGAGUACAUUGUAGAAUAUCCACAUUUUGCAAUGGACGCGACAUCAAAUUUCACCAAGAUUGUGGCCUACCUUGGCACUUACAUCGGUGGAGUCACCUUCAGUGGGUCUCUUAUUGCUUAUGGAAAAUUACAGGGUAUCCUGAAGUCAGCUCCUCUGCUGCUCCCUGGAAGGCACGCGCUCAAUGCAGGCUUGCUGGCUGCUAGUGCGGGUGGACUCAUCCCAUUUAUGGCCGACCCCAGCUUUACCACUGGCAUUACCUGUCUGGGCUCCGUGUCUGCCCUUUCUACUAUCAUGGGUGUGACGUUGACAGCUGCUAUUGGGGGCGCUGACAUGCCUGUUGUCAUCACCGUGCUGAACAGCUACUCAGGCUGGGCCUUGUGUGCCGAGGGCUUCCUGCUCAACAACAACCUGCUGACCAUCGUGGGGGCGCUGAUCGGCUCCUCUGGUGCCAUCUUGUCAUACAUCAUGUGUGUGGAGAAAGCAGAGGUGCCAAGAACAAGGCGUGCAGAUUCAGAGGGGAUGCUGGAACCUCUGCACACUUGGCCUAUCAAGUUAGGCCAGCUGUUCAUUUGUUUCAUGUCCAGGUUUGGAAUUCACCCAGUUGCGGGCCGAAUGCCUGGUCAGCUUAAUGUGCUUCUUGCUGAGGCGGGAGUGCCCUAUGAUAUUGUGCUGGAAAUGGAUGAGAUCAACAAUGAUUUCCCAGACACUGAUUUGGUUCUUGUCAUUGGAGCUAAUGACACUGUGAAUUCAGCAGCUCAAGAGGAUCCCAACUCUAUUAUUGCGGGCAUGCCAGUUCUCGAGGUCUGGAAGUCUAAACAGGUCAUUGUCAUGAAGAGGUCCCUGGGUGUUGGCUAUGCUGCAGUAGACAAUCCGAUCUUCUACAAACCCAACACAGCUAUGCUUCUGGGUGAUGCCAAGAAGACAUGCGAUGCUCUGCAGGCCAAAGUCCGAGAAUCCUAUCAGAAGUGAAUGUGAAAGAAGACCAAGCUGCUGUCUCCAGUUGCAGGAACAGAUAAAUAAAGCACAAGUGGAUGGCAAAGGGCUCAAGGCCCCAAGAAAGCCCCGCAAACCAACAGAUUUUCAGGACCAGCAACCCUGGUCCUCAAGAAGCAUCAAAAAUCCUCACCAUCUGCCUAUUUCAACAUCUGCCUAUUUCUAGUUUCCAUUGCUAAAAGGCAAAAGUAUUUUAUAAGGAACGAAAGAACAGCCUCAUUUAAUACAACCCCUUUGGAUUUUAAAAUCUCCUUUCAGUCACUAGAAAUGAGUUCAGAAGUUGAAUGUUGAGGAUUUCAGGAUGUAUUUUGGUCUGAAAAAUAUUAGACAGUGUGAACAUCACAGCCACCUGUGUUUAGUUUUUUUCUUUCACCAAAUGUGACUAAUUUGAAACUUUUUUUUUUUUUAUCAACUCCUGGCCUGUCCUUUUGCGUUUUAUCCACAGUCUAAACAGUCAUACCAAAUCUGCUUCAGGUUACCAGGCUGUACUUUAGAGUCUAGAUUCCAAAGAUCUAUUUUCUCACUUCUAUUUUAAUAUGUAAAAGGACUAUAUAACUUUCAGAGACGCUGGAAACGAUCUGCUUGAUGUGUUCAGUAAAAUGUAAACUUAAAAUUAGUUGUAUUUUUAAAAAACCACAUUGUCAACUGGAGAUUGCUCCAAUUUCAAUCAAUUUAUAAUGCGUGAUACUGUAUUAAGUGCUCUUGAAUGGAAUGCAGCCAUUUGACUAAUAAAUAAGUUCAUCAUGUUUUUCAA